AAGGUCACCCAGCAGCUGCAUGUGGAGGAGCGGGGAAGCGAACCCAGUUCACCAGAUUACGAGUCCACUGCUCUUAACCACUACACCACACAGGCUCCCUGUUGAUGCAGGAAUGACAACAGUUGCCAGACAGUAGGAGGUGAAAAGUGAACAAGAAAGUGGAUAUGGUAGCUGAGGUGUGGCAGGACAUGCUCCACAGCAAACUGAAGAAAAGAAAUGGGAGACAUAGAAGUGGGUGUGGAAGACUGAGCCAGAGGAGGGAGGAAAAAGACAGCAAGGGAAAGGAAAAACAUUUGCUGGAGGCCCAACCUGUAUGAAUCAAAUUAUGAAAAUGCACCUCCCCUCUAAACAACUGUACAGAUACCUGCAGUUGAGGAUUACACUUCAUGCAUCUGAUGAAGAAGACUUUAGUCCAAAUGUCAUAAUAAAACUUGUUAGUGUUUAAGGUGCCACAAGACUCAACAGCAGGACAAGUGACAAUCAUUAUUGAGUACCUCAAUGGAUUUUUAUAAGUCUAUGAUAAUAAGCAAGAAAUAUAUUAAACAUUGCAAACCUACCGAAACAUUUAUGGGACAUGUACCAUACUUCGAGCACAAGGUGGUGCUAUUACACAACACAAAACAAAUAGUCAAGGACCAGAAACUGCUCUCCAGGAGGCCUGUGUCUGUGAGACAAAGGAAGCUCAAGAAGAAAGACAGCAGAUCUUCAUUACAAAAGGCACCAUAACCAUUUCUAGAUUUAAAUACAGGAUAAAGGAUUUGUCUUGCAAACAUACACUGGACAAUCAACGGUGGCAGUUGUAUUAGAAAGAAUCACCCUGCGUUUCAGAUCUGACUGGAGGUGAGGCUGGGGGAAUGGAAAUACCUGCCAACCUCAGGCAAGUUAUGUUUAUUUCCUUAUAUCUUUGUGCAUGUGUAGCAAUGGGUGAGUCCUUCCGCUAUUCAGUGCCAGAGGAAAAGAAAAGUGGGUUUCUGGUAGCAAAUGUACUGAAAGAUUUGAAAGUAGAUGCAAAGGAGCUGUCUGCUCGGAGAGCCCGGCUGGUUUCUAAGGGCUCCAAACAGUAUUUUCAGCUGGAUCCUCAUUCUGGGGAUGUGACAGUAAAGGAUAAAAUAGAUCGAGAGUCCCUGUGUGGUCAGAAUGAUCCUUGUCUUCUACUCUCGGAAAUCUUGCUGGAAAAUCCAUGGCAGCUGCAUAGAAUUGAAGUUCAGAUAGAGGAUGUGAAUGAUAAUUCCCCAAAAUUCUCUAAAAAUCAAUUCCAUCUUGAAAUACCUGAGCAGACUCCUGUGGAUAUCAGAUUUCCAUUGGAAACAGCAGAAGAUACAGACAAUGGAGAAAAUGCUGUUCAGAACUACACCCUUAGUCCUAAUGAACAUUUUAGGCUGGAUGUGCAAAGUCACAGUGAUGGCAGCAAAUACGCAGAACUGGUGUUAGAGAAACCACUAGAUCGCGAGGAGAUUCCACAGAUUUCCCUUAUUCUGUCAGCAGUUGAUGGAGGGAUCCCAAAAAGAACUGGAACAUCACAAAUUAUUAUUGAUGUUCUGGAUAACAAUGAUAAUCUUCCUCAAUUUGAACAAUCUGUGUACAAAGUGAGACUAAUGGAAAACAGCCCAUUGGAUACACCGGUUGUAAAAGUGGAAGCCACUGACAAGGAUAUUGGUUCCAAUGCUGACAUCACUUACUCAUUCAGCCAAGUGCCAGAAAAUGUGCAGAGAUCAUUCAGGUUAAACAAACAAACUGGGGAACUUACAACUGCAGCAACAAUUGAUUAUGAAGAAAGCACAAAUUAUGAGAUGAAAAUCAGAGCCACAGAUGGAGGGGGACUUUCUGCUUACUGUAAAGUCUUUGUGGAGAUUGAGGAUGAAAACGACAAUGCGCCAGAGAUUACCAUCACAUCCAUCACCAGUCCCUUACCUGAGGAUUCUCCUCCAGACACAGUGGUGGCGCUUUUCAGUGUCACAGACGUGGACUCUGGAGACAGUGGCAGAAUUGCCUGCACCACUGAAGUAAACCUGCCAUUUGUGCUCAAACCCACAGAGAACAACUAUUACCAGCUGGUGACCCAACAGCCACUGGACAGAGAACAAGCCUCUGAGUAUAAUAUCACCAUCACGGCCACUGACAGAGGCUCCCCCAGACUCACUUCCACAAGAAUACUUCAUGUGGAAAUCUCAGAUGUCAAUGACAACCCUCCAGUGUUUGAAAAGCCAUUCUAUGAAAUGCAAUUAAGAGAAAACAAUAUUCCUGGUCUUCUGAUUGGUUUUGUCCAUGCUGUUGAUCUGGACACAGCGCAGAAUGCCAAAGUGACCUACUCGCUUUUGCCUGGGAAGGUCAAUGAUGGCCCCAUUUCCUCUUACAUCUCCAUCAACUCUGAAACGGGGAACCUGUAUGCUAUUCGGUCUCUGGAUUAUGAGGAAGUAAAAGAUUUCCAUGUCACGGUGAGGGCUGUGGAUUCAGGUUCCCCUCCACUGAGCUCAGAAGUUACGAUCCGCGUUCAGGUUGUGGAUGAAAAUGACAAUGCCCCCUUCAUCCUCUACCCUCUCCAGAAUGGCACUUCCCCCUCGAAUGACCUGGUUCCCCGAGGGGCAGAGACUGGCUACCUGGUCACCAAGGUGGUGGCUGUGGACAGGGAUUCUGCUCAGAACUCUUGGCUUUCCUAUCAGCUGCUGAAGGCCACAGAACCGGGUCUGUUCACGGUGGGGGCCCAGAAUGGAGAAGUGACCACUCUGAGGCCAGUCAGUAACCGAGACAGCUUCAAGCAGAAUCUGGUUGUGGUCGUCCGAGACAAUGGACAUCCUCCCCAGUCCACCUCUGCCACGCUCAGAAUCCUUCUAGUGGACGGCUUCUCUGACCCUUAUCUGAAAAGUGUGGCUCUCCCAAAGGAGGAAACAGCGGAGGAAGAAGACCCCAACCUGACUAUGUAUUUGAUCAUCUGCUUGGCUGCCAUCUCAAGUAUUUUUCUCAUUUCUGUAGUGGCGUUUAUUGUAAUCAAGUUGCAGAAACGUGAGAAGUUCAUAGCAACCUACAACUCUGCAGCCAAUUUCCCUGUGGGACCUGAUUCCCAGGAGAUCUCUGCGGAUCCUGGUGCUGGAUCUCUAUCUCAGGCUUACAACUAUGAGGUGUGCUUAGCUGGUGGGUCUCUGAACAGUGAGUUCCGCUUUCUCAGGCCCCUAUUUCCUGUUUUCUCUGUGGAGCCUCCUAACACUCAGGUGAAUCCAAGGAGUUCCAAUGAUUCUGAGGGAGUCCCAAGUCAUCCAGAGGAAAGUCAACAUGUGGUACAGGUGAGUGUAGCAUUUGAAUCCCUUCUGUAUGGUUCAAUUUCAGAUUUCUCUCUCUCUAGUUUGAUAAUAAUUUUCAUUAAAAGAUACAGUAAAUCUGAACCUUUCCUGUUCAGUAUAAUGUGCACUGCAUUCAGCGUGAUUUUCAGAAUCUUAGUGAUUUUUCAUGCUCAGCCACACGGUGCCAUGGGAGACGGCUACAGAAAGGAACAAGGUCUGUAUUUUUUGCUUUUCCUUUGUCUUCCUGGAGCACUAAGUAUUUCACUUCACUAUUCUGUGCCCGAAGAAAAGAAAAGGGGGUCUUUGGUGGCUAAUGUGCUGGAGGAUUUGAAACUGGGAAAAGGGGAGCUCUCUGUUCGCAGAGCCCAGCUUGUUUCUAAGAACAGUAAGCAAUAUUUUCACCUUGAUACCCACUCAGGGAAUUUAUUGAUAGAUGAUAAAAUAGACCGAGAAACAUUAUGUGGCCAGAGUGAUCCUUGCUUAUUACAGUCUGAAAUUGUGUUGCAAAAUCCCUUAAAGAUCUUCAGUAUUGAAAUCAAGAUAGAAGACGUAAAUGAUAAUGUCCCCAAUUUCUCUAAAAAGGUAUUUGAUCUGGAAAUUCCUGAAAAUGUCUCUCCAAAUACACAUUUCCCCUUGGAAUCUGCCCAAGAUGCGGACCUGGGGGAAAAUAACAUCCAAAACUACACGCUCAGUCCCAAUGAGCAUUUCAUGCUUAGCAUGGAGAGCAACAAGAAGGGAAGGAAAUAUGUGGAUCUUGUCCUGAAGAAACCACUGGACAGGGAGAAGGAGCCACACUUGGAACUGACUCUCACAGCUGUGGAUGGAGGGGAGCCACGGAGAACCGGCACAGUUAAAAUAAAUAUUGAUGUUCUCGACAAUAAUGAUAAUUCCCCACAGUUUACACAGACGGAAUAUAAAGUAAGGUUAAAGGAAAACAGUCCUCAGGACACCCUGAUAUCCAAAGUGGAAGCUACAGAUUUGGAUUUUGGUUCCAAUGCACAAAUUGCCUACUCAUUCUACAGAGUGCCUGCAGAAAUUUACGAUUUGUUCCACCUAAAUGAAGUCACGGGGGAAAUCACCCUUUCUGGUCAGCUUGAUUAUGAAAAAGAAACCAGCUAUGACAUGAGCAUCAGAGCAACAGAUGGAGGGGGCCUUUCAGGUCACUGCAAGGUCCUGGUAGAGACUGAGGAUGUGAAUGACAAUGUUCCUGAAGUGUCCAUCAUAUCCAUCACUAGUCCUUUGGCAGAAGAUUCUCCCCUGGAGACCCUUGUUGCUCUCUUCACCAUUGCAGACCGAGACUCUGGAGACAAUGGCAGAACCAUGUGCUCUGUGGAAGUAAACCUUCCCUUUAUGUUAAAACCCACUAUGGAUAACUAUUACCAACUUGUGGUCCAAAGUCCCUUGGACAGAGAGAAGAUCUCAGAGUAUAAUGUCACCAUCACAGCUGUUGACCAGGGUUCCCCCAGGCUCACUUCCACAAGAAUCAUUAACGUUCAAAUCUCAGAUGUCAAUGACAACCCUCCAGUAUUUGAAAAGUCUUCAUGGGAAAUGCAGAUACGGGAAAACAAUAUUCCAGGACUGCUCAUUGGCUCAGUCCAUGCUGCUGAUCUGGACACUGAGAAGAAUGCCAAGAUCACCUACUCCCUUUUGCCUGGGAAGGUCACUGAUGGCCUUGUGGCCUCUUACAUCUCAAUCAACUCUGAAAGCGGAAAUCUGUAUGCCCUCCGAUCUCUGGAUUAUGAGCAGAUCAAAGAUUUCAAAGUGAUGGUGAGGGCUACAGAUGGAGGAUCUCCUCCCCUCAGCUCAGACGUUACUGUCCGAGUCGUAAUCAUAGAUGAAAACGACAACGCUCCCUUCUUCCUCUACCCUCUUCAGAACAGCACAUCCCCCUGCAAUGAGCUGGUCCCCAAGUCGGUGGAGUCUGGCUACCUGGUCACCAAGGUGGUGGCUGUGGAUGGAGAUUCUGGCCAGAACUCGUGGCUUUCCUAUGAGCUGCUGAAGGCCACAGACCCUGGUCUUUUCAGCAUAGGAGCCCAGAAUGGGGAAGUGAGAACCAGGAGAGCCCUGAGCGAGCGAGACACCAGCAAGCAGAGACUCAUGAUAGUGGUGAGGGACAACGGGCUCCCUCCCCAGAGCAGCACUGCAAUGCUCCAUGUCCUUCCCGUGGGUGGCUUUUCGGAUCCUUAUAUGAAGGCUGUGGAGAUUAGUAAAGACCAACAUGAAGAAGAUGGGAGCUUGACCUUGUAUUUGGUGAUCUGCCUGGCUGCAGUCUCCUUUGUGUUCCUCGUUUGCAUUGUUUCCUUUGCUGCCAUCAAGAUCUGCAGGAGGGAUCCCAGGGAAAGUUUUAUUGCUGCCCCUCCUCACUUCCCACCUGCCAGACCCGACAUCCCAGAGAACUGUGGGGAUUCUCAGAGCGGGUCGCUUUCCAGGAGUUACCACUACGAUGUUUGCUUAACCGGUGGGUCCUUAAGCAGCGAGUUCAGGUUCCUCAGGCCCCUCAUUCCUGUUUUUUCUGUGGGGGACCCAAACCUCAAUGUGAACCAGACCCCUCCUUCUGCUUCCCAAGAUAUUCCUGACCAGGUGGGGAAAGAAGAAUCAGUGGAAAAGGUGAAUUCUUUUUCCUUUUUAAUUAGACAUAUCAGAUGUUCUCAUAUUGCUUUUUGAAAAUUAUUUCCAAUAUAUUUUAACAUUUUAGAGCAUGCUUCAGUUUAAAAAUGAUCUGUUUAUUUCAAGUCCAUGUGAGACUUUUUUUCCUCAUUUCCCUUUGUCUUCAUCACUGGUCCAUCCUCUCCAUUUGAUAUUUUCUCCCUUCGCCUUUCUGAUCCCACCCGUCAAUUUCUCAGGCAAGCCACCUCCUUCAAGCCCAUUGUUGGGUUCAGAUUCUUUCCUUCAGCCCUCUUGCUAUUUACGUCCUCUGCCUUUGGACUUUCUGCAUAUUAAAACUUGCUCAGAACAUCAUAGCUACUUCAGAUACACCAAUGUGUCGUACAAUAUGCAUACCUCCAAGGUGUGGACAAUGUACCUGUACCUGCAGCUGUUGAAGUACAUGCACACAGUAGCCCAGAUUAGAGCAGGCUUCCCAGUUAUAUACAUGACAUUAUUUAGAGGGUCUUCUUGCUGGUGGCACCCCACCUGUGGAAUUGCCUUCCCAGGGAGGAUCACAGAGGAGCCUUUUUAGUGUUAGAUGACCUUUUUAUUUAUCCAGGCCUUUUAAACAAUCGGCAUUUUGAGCAAACAAUUCUGGGUUCUCAUAGUUUUCUGUUUUAUAAUUUGAACUGCUUAUAUGUUUAGGGCAAGCAGGCUGACUUGCAUUCUGCCAUUAUAAUGAACAAUGUGGGACAGGGGAAUAUAAGGAGUAAUACAGAAAUCUGUCUUUUAAUGAGUCAAACCUUUGGUCCAUCUAUCUCAGGAUUUCAGACCUGAGGAUGCCAGGGUUUGAACCUGGCAUGUUUUGUAUGCAGAGCAGUUUCUCUACCACUGAACAACAAGCCCUUUGACAUAAGAAUCAGGUUCUGCAGUUUAUAGCUGCAAAAUGGUUCAACUGGCUGACUUGACACCUGGCAUUGUAAAUACCUUUGAGGAUGGUCCAUACCAAGGAUACAAAUGAUGAGGAAUGGCUUGUUUUGAAUGAGUUGGUUGUGUAAUGGCAGGUGCUGUGCAAAUCUACAUCACUGGGGGGGGGGUUCUGAAAAGAUUUCUCUUUUGGAUUGUAUCUUUUGCAAAAUGGUUUGUUUACUUAGGUCAGCAGUAAAGUCUAGUAUGUGUUUUAAUCUAAUGGUAGAGAAACAUAUUCAUAGUUCUUAUUUAAAAUGCCUUUCUUGGCCAAUGUAAGUCCAUAGGAUUUCAUUAUGAUGUCCCCACCCUGAAAGAGAUGGUCAAGUGGAGGGACAUUUGUGCAGUUUGCAAGUGAGUUUCAGGUGAAGAGGAUCAAUUGGACACUGACGGAGUGUGGCUGAGUGAGGAGCAGAAAAGUGAUGGGGGAGGAGAUGAAAAAGUGCUAUAUGGUCAUGGCUGUGGCAACCUAGUCAAGGCUGAAUCACACCCCACCAUUGUAAUGAGAAAUGGGGAGUGGAGACAUUAAGUUCUAUGGCUUAUAGUUUGAAACUUGGCAACAUAUUUUUUUGUAUAGUGCCUUCCUGCAAGUGCAGGACAUGAUUAGACAUGGUUACGAUUGUGCUGUAAGACUUACUGAACAGAACACUCAGCCGUGCACAGACCCUGUAACCUGAGUUCCCACUAGACUGAUGUAAGAUCAAGCACAUCGGAAGUCUUUACCAUUGCUUGGAAGAAACUCUUGUUGUUCCUUUCAUUCUCCAUACCCUCAGCACAAAUUAAAGAAGCAACCAGGUCCUUUCCCCUUGAGCCAACAAGCAUGUGCUAGAGAACUCAGACGUGGGGAAGAGGGUUGGUAGCAACUACAUAAGUAUGUCCAGGCAGUAUCUUUGGGCCGCUGCAUAAAAUGAUGACUAGGGCUGCAAUCCUAAUCCGGCUUACCUAGGAAUAAGCACCAUUGAAUUGAAUAGUACUUUCCUCUGAUUAGACAUGGUUAGGAUUGUGUUGUAAAACACUCCAGAAAUACCUGAUGUGUAAAAGAGAUAGAAAAAGAUUCUCCUGGUCACAGCAACCACCUGAAACUUAAGUAGUAUUGGUUCCAGUUAUAUUCCCAACCUGCAAAAAUGCCAUUGAGUGUAAUCCGCUGUCAUACAUCAUAAAUCAAUUCCACAGGUGCAUGUUGGGAUGAUCAGGAUGGAACCGAAGUUUGUUCUAUUCCUACAUAAUUCAUCAAAUGAAAUUUCAUUGGAACAAGUAUCAUGUCCUAUAAGCAACUUCCACACCAUCAGGUAUUUGGAAAAUUGACUAGGUAUGAAAACUCACAUGGCCAUUGUGUCACAAUGUGCCUAAGUUCAACUAACCUUUGUGGUGGGAGGCCCAGCUAACUGGGGAUAAGAUCUGACACAGAGGUUCCUCUCUGGGCUCCAGCUAUAGAGAACGUUCAGCUGGAAAAGAGGGGACUAGAGAAAGACUGUAACAUGGGGAAGGGAAGCAAGAGAGAGAAAGACUAGAGAGUUUGUGUGGGGCACUGAACUGUUUUACUAAUCUGUGCAAGUGAAAGGACAGAAUGGCAAGGUAAACCUUAAUUAUACAGAAUGCUAACAUGUCUGGAAGGGUGUGUGUGUGGCAUAUACUUUAGAGAAAGAGGGGAAGUUGCCUGU